UUCUCUUCCCCUUCACUGUAACAUUGAAUGAUCGCUGGACACUGACAUUGUCUUAUACUUUGUAGUUCAAAGGUAGACCUAGCUCAUCGUUUGCGUCUGUAUUCAGUUAAAUUAAGAAGCUGUGAAGAAAGAGGGUUUUCAUCUCCGGAAGCAACGGUAUUGGUGGGGGGUUGGGUUAUAAGCCAUCAGCAACAACGUGCCAUGUAGUGUGAGUAGCGCGGAUAAACAUAGUACUCGGUAAAUAAAAGAAGCGAAACUAUUCCUGUGUCGGCCUGACAUAAGACCACUGCCAGCUGGAUGGAAGCGCAGCUCGAACUGUAAUCCUCGGCGGAGCUGAGGAGGAUGGGAGGAGUGUCCCCGUGCUGGAGGACAUGUCAUUCGGUCGACUCCUGCGCCGCGCUUCCACUAAAGCCUCUGACCUCCUGACCUUCAACUCGGCGGGGUCGCGCGGAGCCCUGGACGGGGAGAUCAUCUUCUCCAAGAACAAUGUGUGCGUGCACCCAGCAGAGCCCCUGCCUGGCCUGCCAGAGCACCACCCAGGCUACCUCUGUGUGCACAUGGAGAAGGACGAGGCCCUGGGCUCCACGCUCAUCCUGACCUGGGUGCCCAACUCACGCAUCCAGCGCCAGGACGAGGAGGCCCUGCGCUACAUCACCCCUGAGAGCUCCCCCGUGCGCCGGCACCCCCGCCGCAGGCCUCGCCGGCCCCAGAGACCCCAGCCGGCCCCCGAGGAGGAGGACGAGGACGAGGCCGAGGCCCGGGAGGCGGAGCCUGCCCUGGCCCCCUCCCAGAACCACCAGCAGGGGCAAGGGCAGUUACAGGGGGGGCAUGAGGAGGGGGACGAGGGCUCGUGUGAGCUUUCAGCGGACGAGGUGAGCCGCGACAGCACACUGGGCUCCGACUCGGACACCUUCUCCUCACCCUUCUGCCUCUCACCCGUCAGUGAGGCGCUCGGGGAGAGCGCUGGGCCGGUGUUCCUGGACAGCGAGGGCAGGGAUAUGUGUGAUGAAUCUAUGACCCACUCGGCCAGCUCGGCCUCCAGCUUAGACAGCCACGCCCCGUCUGAGAGCAGCCAAUCGCAGGGGGUGAGGUGGGAGGAGCAACAGAAGGUUCUGGCCCUAGAACAGCUGUGUGGGGUGUUUCGGGUGGACCUGGGCCACAUGAGGUCCCUGCGACUGUUCUUCAGUGAUGAGGCCUGCACCAGUGGUCAGCUGGUCAUCGCCAGUCGGGAGAGUCAGUACAAGAUCCUGCACUUCCACCAUGCUGGCCUGGACAAGCUGGCCGAGGUCUUCCAGCAGUGGAAGUGUUGUCGGGAAACCCAGCUCAAAGACCAGGUGUCAGAUGAGAAAUCCUGCAUGCAGUUCUCCAUCCGCAGGCCUACGCUGCCCUCAGCCGAGACCCACCCGGAGGAGCGCCUGUACCGGCGGCUGGACGUGGCCUCCUGGUUGCGCCACCUCAACCACAGUGGCCAGUUGGAGGAGGAAUACAAGCUCCGCAAGGCGAUCUUCUUUGGCGGGAUUGACCCGUCUAUCCGGGGUGAGGUGUGGCCCUUCCUUCUGCGCUACUACAGCUGGGACUCCACCUCUGAGGAACGCGAGGCCUGGAGGCUGCAGAAGAGGACUGAGUACCAGGAGAUCCAGCAGCGCAGGCUGUGCAUGAGUCCAGAGGAGCACAGUGAGUUCUGGAGGAAGGUUCAGUUCACUGUGGAUAAGGACGUGGUCCGCACUGACCGGAGCAACGCCUACUUCAAGGGAGAGAACAACCCUAAUGUGGAGAUCAUGAGGCGCAUCCUGCUCAACUACGCCGUGUUCAACCCCGAGAUGGGCUACUGCCAGGGCAUGUCCGACCUGGUGGCCCCGCUGCUGUCCGAGGUGCAGGACGAGAGUGACACAUUCUGGUGCUUUGUGGGCCUGAUGGAGAACACCAUCUUCAUCAGCUCGCCCCGCGACGAGGACAUGGAGAGACAGCUGAUGUACCUGCGUGAGCUGCUGCGCCUGAUGCUGCCGCGGUUCCACCAGCACCUGCUGCGUCUGGGUGAGGACGGCCUGCAGCUGCUUUUCUGCCACCGCUGGGUGCUGCUUUGCUUCAAACGCGAGUUCCCCGACGCAGAGGCCCUGCGCAUGUGGGAGGCCUGCUGGGCACACUACCAGACGGACUACUUUCACCUGUUCUUGUGUGUGGCCAUCAUCGUGCUGUACGGAGAGGACGUUACAGAACUGCAGCUGGCCACUGACCAGAUGCUGCUCCACUUCAGCAACCUGUCCAUGCACAUGAACGGAGAACUGGUGCUGCGCAAGGCACGCAGUCUGCUGUACCAGUUUCGCCUGUUACCCAGGAUCCCUUGCAGUCUGCAUGACCUGUGCAAGCUGUGCGGGCCAGGCAUGUGGGACAGCCGCUACAUCCCGACAGUGGAAUGUUCCGGAGAGCACCAGGACUCUCAGAGCUGCCCAUACGGGGGCACCGUCGACCCCCAGCCGCCCCCGUCCCCGCGCCCCAACACCACCCCGCCCCCACCUGAGGGCAAGAGGGGCUCCAAGACACGGGACAUCUUCAGCUUCCGCAAGCAGUCCUGAACGUAGCGUGGGAUGGGUCGUGGAUGCAUGUCACUUCCUUUUGGGGGCACAGGCGGUGGGUGCCCUGAUCCCGGGCGCUCCAGCCCUCGUAGCCCUGGAUACACUCAUGGGUGCAGGCACUGAGUUCAAGUGGAUCUUCAUCCACAUGCCUCACUCUCGAGCUUAUUUCCAGACAUUUGUUUGUUUGUUUAUUUGCUUGCUUGUUUAUUAUUUUUGAUUAGAUUGUAAGGGAAAUCGUGUGUGUGUGUGUGUGUGCUGGUGUCACAGUGGGAGAAACACUCCGUCAUCAUCUGUCCAAAUGGAAUAUGCACCUUCUAUAUUCCAGUGGAUUCCAUAUUUCUGGAAGAACAGAGGUGUCUCCGUAAAGCAAUAUAGUGACCUCAUCAACAGAACAGUGGAUAAAGAUACAGCCCAAGUGGUUGUGAAUGCCCAAUAGGACAUCAUCUCAGAUGAGAAACCACAAUAGAUGUCAUGUAUUCUUUACUCUGGUUAUGUCUCUUUUUUUGCAUUGCUUUUCUGUAACGGUGAUCAUGGCAAAAACCAUCGGUGCUAACAUAUGAUAAUGGCAUGUUUAUUAGGCUAGUGAGAUGGGGGAGGGGGUGUGAUAAUAAUCUGGUGGUCAUUUUAAGACAAAAAAGUCCGAACCAAACCAAGCAAUAUGCUUUCUCAAAAAACAGUUCAAGGCCAAAGACGAAAAGGUUGCGAGAGCUGAUUUCACAAGUCAUCUCAAAGUAAACAGGCCCUUGCUAUUCCAUGUGAUCCUGGGUUCUCCGUAGAGAGAGACGCCCUGUCCUGCUCGGCGGGACUGGGUCCGGUUACGCUCCUGAGGCCGGGAAAGAAUCUCAGCGAUAAGAAAAAGAAAACAGUACUCGGUCUCGGUUUAACUCGGAUGAAUAUUUUAUAAGCGGCUAAUAUAUGGGGGAAAAGCAAAGACAUCAGAGUAUCUGAAUCUGAGCUGGGGAAUUCCCUUCUCUCUCUUUUUUUCUUUAUGGGUAAAGAACUGCAGGAGACUUCUGCUGUUUCAGAUCCUACAGAAAGGGAGGAUAAUUGCAUUCAUAUCAAUUACACUAGAGCUAUAUGAAAGAAGAGGUCUUGAGUAAUUAAAUUUAAAUCUCUCAUUCCACACUAGCCACCCAUGGUGUUUUAUACGUUGAUCAUUCAAUCACAAUGUAAGGAAACAUCAAAAGCUAGCAGAAACAUUAUAUUUGCACUUUCUUUAACUAUUUGUUUUCAAAAACGUAGUUCUCCACUUUUUUGUGUUCAUCCAAAUGUCUUUUACCAGAAUUUGUCUUAUUUCCAGCUUUUCAUUAUGACUGUUUAUCCUAUGUUUAUACACCCAUCAGGAAAGCUUUCUCAAAGCAGUUUGAUUUCUUGCAAAGAAAAAAAGAUCUAUGAAACCUUUCAGAGUGUGUUUUAAUGACUUCAUUUGUCAGAACGAGAAUGAUUGUUUUAAGAUGCAAACUCCUCUCCUUCCCCUCUCUCCUUGCCAGUGUGUCAGCCAUAGUUCUGGAGACAGGGUUAGAGCCAGCCUCAUGUUGGGUAAGAGUUCCCUAAGGGGCAACUGCCGCGUGGUCCGAUGGGGAAAUACAUCUCCAAAUUGGUGCUAAAAGGUGGCAUUAGUAUUUUGGAGCAGCCUUUCCCCUCUUUCCUCGACGGCCUCCUAAGUGACAUGCAUUACUGGCCCUCUAUGGCCAUUAGUCCCCCGCACCCCCGAGCCCCACAUGGACAAGGGAGACAAGGGAGGGCUCAAUGGCAAUCACAUGACUAGAAUAUAAUAUAAUAUAAUCACAUAAUAUGUGGCGCGUGUGAGAUUUCAGAGAUUGGCAUGUGGAUUGAUAUGUAGGUGUGGAGUGUGUGUGUGUCAGUCAGAACAACAGCUGGAUGCCACUUUACAGGCAUGUCGUGUGUGUGUGUGUGUGUGUGUGUGUGUGUGUGUGUGUGUAUGUCUAAUGGGAAUACCAUUUGGAUUUUGGAGAAUGAGGAAGCUGCUGCCAAUCGACCAAAUUCUUUAAAUCUCUGCAGUGUAGAUAACAGGAAGGCCAUUUUAGUUUUUGUAGGUGCGGUGUUGUCCUGGAGGAACAGGUCUGUUCUGUUCAGAGAUGGUCAUGAAAGAUUAAACUCAAGUUCAGAGAGCUCAAGUGCAUAGCUGACCACUGUCUAUUCUCAACAGCCUUAUAUGCUAUAAAUCAGUCCUAGUCUUGAGUUGUUAAGUCCAGAUUUAGACCGGUCCUCUGGAGUCUGUUAUAGAAUGCAGGUCUGAUGUUGAUGUUGAAACCUGCCGUAUGAUCAUGAUUGGUUCAAGGAAAUGAAGGAUGAUUCACCUGUCAGUUCUGUGCCCAUCCAUCUCUUCAGAGUAGUAUGACUGCCCAGUGUAGAUUUCUCACGGUUACAAAAAGUACUGGAAGAACUCCUCCUCCUUUCUAGCACAUGAUUUUAGGAAAUGAUAAACAAUGUUCUCUGUUACAAUGUUAUCUGUUUACUAACCGGUUUCUCAUGUGAGUUUCUCAUCUCCACCUUGGAUGACAUUUUGUGUAUUGCUAUUGACCGUUUAUUUCCAUUUUAUAUGCACUGUUUUCCAGUGAUUUCAUUACAAUACCAGCACCCAGUUUAAACGUUUCAUAUACAGUAUAUAAUCUACAAAUCACAUUGACAAUACUGUGACUUAACAGUGAUUUCACUCAUUGGAAAGAUUUCACAGUUUGAAAUUUUGGGUUUGGCACAACAUUUUGGGCAGUAGUGUGGUGGUGUGAAACCUUGAACUUUGUUGUGUUGUUUCAUUAAACACAACAUCGAGCCUAAGACAAAUGAUGUUUCAUUUGAAACAGUAAGCUGCUUUUUAGUUGUCCAACCGUUUCGUAAUACAGCGUUUGUCUGUUGAAGGCAAUGAUAGCAGAGCAAUCUUCCUCUAACUCCUACGUUUGUGGUCUAACUGUAAGACGCCUAUCUCCGACCAUCUCAAGAGCGGCUUCCUUGAGAGGAAGAGAGAGAGACUAAUCAGAAACACGACAGAUGGUUUUUUACCCAAUACCUUGUUAUAGGCUAGUGUUGUGGGAGUAGGGUGAGGUGAAGAUGGGGAUGAGCAACAGGAUUUGUGUGUGUGUGUGUGUGUGGCUGUGUGUGCGUGCGAGAACUUCGAUACCCAUUGCUGUCGCCCUUUCCUUAUAGGCUUUUAUGUACCAACAUGCUGCCGUACUUUGUGUGUGUGUGCGUGUGUGUUAUACACCCUACUGUGAGAUUGCCUUAGCCUUUGUUUGACAAGGCCCUCUAAUUAUCAAUUAGGGGGGCCGCUCUCCACACCUGGAGCAAGGGGAGGUGAUAAUGAGCCGGGGUCAUUUGGAGAGGU